UAGGCGACAGGGUGCUGUCAGGGACCCUCAUUUGGCAGGUGGGCUUGUGUUCACUGGAGUGGGUCUGCCCCUAAAUCACAAACUCCCGUCAGCAGAAACAAAUCAGGACAGUGUGCGGUUAGACAUCAGAGCUGAUUAUAGCUACGACUACACACACACUCUCUCUCUCUCUCUGUCUGCGGGCAUCGCCUUUUUAACCAUCUAACACCUAGGACAAAACGGACACAAACACACAUGGGAGCCGUGUGCCACGGUGCCCGAGCUGUGUUCUGACAGCGUUCCGCGGACACGUGAAAUGAGGAAAGCAUCCCGCGGCUGCACGGCGUGAGACCAGAUACUGGGCUGAGUUGGUGACAUCCCAGGCUUCUGCUGCUCCUCUUCGGUAGCAAACUACGCGGCCGAGGACUUCCCUGCCGGAGCAAGCAACCUGGGCGCUGGAGCAGAGGCGUUCUGUAUCGAAGAAGACAAUGAUCAGCAAGGUUAUCAAAGUCCGCAAACGGAGGGAAAUGCUUUGGGUGCAAGUGUGCUUCAUCUGCAGCGUGCUGCUGACGGCGUGGAGCUUGUCGGCGCUGCUCUCUGAUACAGGUCAUGGGGUUGUGUUGCAAGGGGCCCCUGCUUCACCCACGGAUCACCUGGGCCGACGACUUAUGGCCAUUGUGGAAGGCAAUGGCACCCAGAACUGCACUGAUCCUGCCAUCAAUGAGUUCCCUAAGGAUGUGUUCACCAACAAAGAACGCACACGGGGAGCUGUCCUGCUACACAUAUUAGCGGCUGUCUACAUGUUCCUGGCUUUAGCAAUAGUGUGUGACGACUACUUUGUGAUAUCGCUGGAUAAGAUCUGUGAGAAACUACAUCUGAGUGAAGACGUCGCUGGCGCGACCUUUAUGGCAGCUGGAAGCUCAGCCCCAGAGCUGUUUGCUUCAAUUAUUGGUGUCUUCAUCACACAUGGAGAUGUGGGAGUGGGCACUAUUGUAGGCUCAGCUGUCUUCAACAUUCUCUGCAUUAUUGGUGUGUGUGGCAUCUUCGCGGGGCAGGUUGUCUGCCUCACCAAGUUUUCUGUGUUUCGAGACUCCAUCUACUACACUCUGUCUGUCGUAGCACUCAUUGCAUUCAUCUACGAUGAGAAGAUAAUGUGGUGGGAGAGUCUCAUACUGAUGCUCAUGUAUGUGGGCUACAUCGUAAUUAUGAAGUUUAACUCCAACUUGCAAAGCUACUUCUCCGGGAAGGAUAAGGGUGUUGCCAACGGUAACGCGGUACUCGGCGAGCUAGAGGAUGGUAAUGAAAACUAUGAGCAGUUUUGGGACGAUGAUCCUUCGUGCCCGUUACUCGGCGAAGUAAAGCCCAAUAAGCUGUAUUCCCGUGGGUCUGUGGUGAUGGUGGAUGAGAUGAUUCACUACAGCCCUCCGACAUACCGCUUCCCCGAGGCCAGCCUGAGGCUCAUGAUGACCAGCCACUUCGGGCCCAAGACACGUCUGCGCAUGGCUAGCCGCCUCAUCAUCCACGAGCAGCAGAGGUUGAUGCAGGCGUGCGGCGGAGUGGACACUACACUGGCGGCAGAUGGGAGGCCUGAUACUACCGAGAAUGGCAGUGUGCCAGAAAUCAAGCUGACUGGAGAUGAGGAGAAUGAGCUCUCAUCCCCCUUCAUCAUGCCUGGGGGCACAGUGGACAGAGUGAAGUUUGUGAUCUCGUGGCCUAUCCUGCUAUUGCUGUACUUUACUGUGCCCAACUGUGGCAAGCCACGCUGGGAAAACUGCUUCAUGCUGUCCUUCUUCCUGUCCUCUAUGUGGAUAGCCGUCUACUCUUACUUCAUGGUGUGGAUGGUUACAAUCAUUGGAUACACACUGGGAAUCCCUGAUAUUAUAAUGGGUAUCACUUUUCUAGCAGCUGGCACCAGUGUUCCUGACUGCAUAGCUAGUCUCAUAGUAGCUCGACAAGGCCUGGGGGACAUGGCUGUCUCCAACACAAUCGGAAGUAACGUCUUUGACAUCCUGGUCGGUCUCGGCGUUCCCUGGAGCAUCCAGACAAUGGCUGUGGACUACGGUUCUGUGGUAAAAAUCAACAGCAGGGGGCUGGUGUAUUCCGUGGUGUUACUCCUGGGCUCGGUGGCCGUAACCCUCCUGGGGAUCCACGUGAACAGGUGGAGGCUCGACUUCAAGCUGGGCAUGUACGUGUUCACGCUGUACGCCAUCUUCCUCUGCUUCUCCAUCAUGAUCGAGUACAACGUCUUCACCUUCAUCAACCUACCCAUGUGCCAGGAGAGCCUCUAGGUUCCCCGGCACGUAACCGAACCGCUUCCUGUAUCAGACCCUACAGCGUGCAUGCAGUUUCAGACAGGAUUAUUUGUCAGUUUUAGACUGUUUUCUUUCACUGCAGAAGGCUGUCGUCUCCCACAGCAGGUUCCCUCCACUGUGGAAGAAUAGGUAUGACCUGCAUUUUCUAUAAGCCUCUGGGCUACCAAGGAAUCAGGCCUCCCUCUUUAGCAGCACUUCCUUUGACUGGGCAGCCCUCAAGAGGUGAAUCCAGGACAACCAUGAGCACACUCACAAAUCAGCAUGGCGUGUAUAUUUGGUUCCUAAGACUGGGGCUGCUCACCAGAGCAAUAUGAAUGCAUCAUCUUCUACAGAUUGUCUGGUUUUGUAUUCCUUGGAGAGUGAAUAUGAGAAGAAAAAGAACACGUUGCACUUUAGACGUAGGGUGAACCCUAGGUUACACCAUGAUUGCGAUGGGGAAUGAUGCCAGCUCUUUCCUAUUGUGGUGCAAUAAGAAGCAAUAAGGACAGAGGCAGGUUGAUGACAAUAAAGGAUUCUCUUUGCUCUAAUGUCCGAAGGCAUAUGAGAUACACUGCAGUGUUACUUCACUGACGGCCUACAGCAGCACGUAUAAAAAGCAAUGCUGAUCUUGCCUACUGUGAUUACCCCAAGCAUAUGUUCCACCUGUUUUCCCCCUGCUCAGAGGGAACAGACAUCAGGAGAGCUCUUCACUGCCCCCCUGUGGUAUGGAAGGUGAGGCCAGUAACCGUGGCUGACUUCCUGAUUUUACAUCAGCCACAAACGGAUUCUUGGUUUAACCAACAGCGACACACUUGUUGUUUAUGUGUAAAUGUGACAUCAGAGGCCCUCAUAUGA